AUGGCUACCCCUCAUACACCACCAUCACAGAAGUCACAGGUACCACCGCCAGACACAGCACUAGUCCCUCCCCACACCUCACAAUCUGACUAUCGCACGGGGGAUCUGGAGCUAGGUCGCGAGGCUGUUCCUACUGAUUUGAGAAGGUAUCUACAGGUCCCGUUCGUUUCCCUAGCGAAGUGUGUUGGUGCCGUGCCUUCUCAGCAGCAUCUGGAGGAGAUGCGCGACCAUUUAAUUCGGAGCGAGAUUCUCACCAACGACGGCCUGGAAUGGAAGGACUUCAUUCGACCCGCGAAGAUGUCCGAAGAGAUGACGUUCAAGUCCCUCGAGGGAAUCAUCUCUGGAAUCUUGGAAAAGGUCCCGAAUUGUGGAGUAUCCUACCUAUCGAAUAUGCCCCUCUCAGAGCACCAUAAUACUUCCCUGCCGGAUGGAUACCUUGUGCGGGUGAACAAUCGAACUGCACCCAGGAUGCAUUGGUUCGAUAUUGCUGUGCCAUUCGGAUUCAAGAAGGAACAGGAUGCCAAAGCUCUCCAAGACAUAAGCUGUUGUUGCAGAUCUCUUCGGCGCCGGCUUAUAAACUCUGCUCUAGAAUGA